UACAUUGUAUUCGUUUUUUGCUAAAUUUCAUCCUUUCACAAGUUCAGAGACUAACAAAUUAGACCCGCAUCUUCCUUUCUUCCAGAUCCAACACCACUCUUUCUGCUUGGAUAUUUCUGGGGACCUCUGGCCACAGCCGAACAGUAGACAGCUGGUAAUGGACUCGAGGCGGAUCCGGAAACAGCAGCCAUCUCCAGUUAGCAACCAUGACUCGGAGAGCGAAGCGUUGUGUCGAGCUGAGUCGGAGGAGAAGCCCAGUUUGGUCUUUCAGAGGCCAGCGGUCAUCCUGGCUACCUUCAUUCUGAUGCUCCUGCCGUUCAUCAUCGUCCUCUCCAAUCGAAGCCCAUCAUUGGAAUUUUUUUGUAAAGCUGGAAGAGUUGAAGGAACAGGGGGCUUUGAAGCAAAGGCAAAACAAGGUUCAAACAUCACAGAGGGCAAUUUCCCCCGGAAAAAUAUCACCAAAGAUAUACUUCUCGGCGGUCUGCUGGUUCCUGGGUUUGACGAAGGAUCCUGUCUUAGCAGAUACCAGUCUGUAUUGUAUCGCAAAGAAUCGCCCCACCUACCUUCUCCUCAUCUGUUAGAAAGAUUGAGGAAACAAGAAGCUCUCCAGAAAAAAUGUGGUCCAGACACCGAAUUGUACCGUCGAGCCAUCGAACAGCUGAAAUCUGGUAAUAGCGCUGAAAAUUUGGAGUGCAAUUAUGUGGUGGUGCUAUCAUACAGCGGCUUGGGGAACAGGAUGUUGACUCUUACUUCGGCAUUUCUGUAUGCUCUACUUACCAACAGGGUCCUACUUAUCGACAGAGGUGCCCACAUUUCCCAACUCUUUUGCGAACCAUUUCCCAAUACCACAUGGUUUCUACCUUCGGACUUCCCUAUCGACCACGUUAGCAGCAUGUACAAAGAUGACCCCCGGAGUUACGGAAAGAUGCUGAAAGAUAAGGUCAUUGGUCAUGAAGUCAAUGGUGCCACAAACGGGUCGCAGCUGCCACCCUAUGUCUACCUCCAUCUAAGCCAUGAUUACGGUGACUUCGAUAAGCUCUUUUACUGCGAAGAUGAUCAGCGGCUCCUUCAAAAGGUACCAUGGCUGCUGCUAAGAUCCAACCAAUACUUCGUGCCAACACUCUUUCUGAUCCCAGAAUAUGAACAAGAACUCAGUCGGCUGUUCCCUAAGAAAGAUACUGUUUUCCAUCACCUGGGGCGUUAUCUUUUCCACCCUACCAACCCGGUGUGGGGUCUGAUCGGCAGGUCUUAUCGGGCCUAUCUAGCCAAGGCUGAUGAAACAGUGGGCAUUCAGAUCAGAAUCUUUGACAAGAAGAACACUCUAUUUCAGCAUGUCUUAGAUCAGAUCCUAACAUGCUCUCUGGAGGAAAAGGUGCUACCAAACAUCAGUCUCCAGGAACCUGUGGCUUCCAGUGCUGAUGCAAAGUCGAAGGUUGUGCUUGUAACUUCUUUGGACUCUGCAUACUUUGAGAGGAUAAGGAACAUGUAUUGGGAGCACCCAACUGCAACUGGGGAGAUCAUUGGUGUCUAUCAGCCAAGCCAUGAAGGAUUCGAGCAGACGGGGAAGGAUAUGCAUGAGAUGAAAGCAUGGGCGGAGAUUUAUCUGCUGAGCUUGACUGAUACGUUGGUCUCGAGCUCCUGGUCUACUUUCGGGUAUGUGGCUCGAGGUCUUGGUGGUUUCAAGCCAUGGAUUGUCGCGUUUAAGACAUCAAACCAGAUGGCAAACCCUCGUUGUCGUCGAGCCAUGUCCAUGGAUCCUUGUUUCCAUUUUCCUCCAUUUCUCGAUUGCAAGGCGAGGGCAAGAUCAUCUGUCGACCAAGGGGCGCUAUUCCCGUAUCUGAGGCAUUGUGAAGACUCUGGGGGCCUCAAGCUGGUUGAUCCGGCCGAGCAGUAGCUGGGGCACAUCGACUUCUUGCAUUCGGACAGGGGACCAUUCAUCCCCGUAGACCAAGGCUGUGCACUAAAGUAUCGGCAGAGCACUCCGUGCUGAUCUGCCAUUGGUGAUUUUAGACUAUGAUCAAAUUUAUGUGGAAUGUAGAAUAAUAUCUUUUCAUUUCAUACGUGGAAUGUUGUAAGAAAGGUCAUUGACGAGAUUAUGCCCUCCUUCCCCUUGGAUAAAAAGAUGCCCCGUUUAUUGAAUAAUAAAAGAAUUAUUUUGUAAGUUUGCA